CACCGCUUGAUUCAGAGUUCGGCCCUGGAUUGGCAAACCCUCUCACACUGAGAUCGAGGAGUCACAAUGGCUUUCCUUGGGUUAGACAACCCAUGGGAAUCCGUCUCACUGAUACUAUCAGUGAUUUUCCUCCUCGCAUUCCCUCGAAGAAUUCGAAAUCUUCUCAACUCACCCAAGAAAUCAUCCCCCGGGCGUAUAAAUAGACAGAUAAUCUUUGCACUCUUACUCCUGACAAUUGAGCUAGCGGUGGUCACACACCUCUGGCCCCACCAACACAACAUCAAUAACCUAACCAUAUCCGACGCAUAUCUAUCAACCAUUGCAGCCGUGGGAAUCCUCACCCUCGCGGUCCUAGAACACACCCGCAGCGCACAUCCAUCAUCCAUCAUACCAAUAUACCUCAUCCUCUCCAGACUCCGAGACAUAUGCGAAAUCCUGACCGGAAACUGCACCAGCAACUGUCACCUCGUAAACCUACGGGCCUGUCUCGGAGGAGUCUGGCUGGCAUGGGAUCCCCAGCUCAGAGAAUGGAUCUGGUAUCAGACCGUCUCCAAGCCAUCUACCUCAGAGGAGGGUGCUGGAUUCCUGAGUCGGGUGUUUUUCUGUUGGAUUAGCCCUGUGUUGAAAGAGGGGUAUAAGGCCACGCUUUCUCUCGCGGGGUUGCCUGAGAUUCACAGCGAAUUGUUGUCGGAGAGAAUUCGGGGAAGGGUUGUGAGGGAGUGGGAUUCUAGAGCUGAGCCCGUUACAAAGUGGACUCUGCCGGUUACGUUGAUUCGAUGUUUGAAAGAUGCGUUCUUAUCGCCCAUCAUUCCGCGUUUGUUCGUCAUUCUGUUUCGCUACAUCCAGCCGAUAUUCAUGGGCGCUGCCAUUCGAUUUGUGAGAGGUCCGUCUGAAACCGACGAUGGUAGGCAGUUGAUACUCUACGCUGCGGGGAUAUACGUCGGGAUGGCAGUAUCUUCAGCCGUGUACCAGCAGCAAAUCAAUCGACUCAAAAUCAUGGUCCGAGGUGCACUAAUCAGCCUCAUCCACAACCAAUCCUUGAAUAUCCCAAACACCGGUGUCUCAGACGCCGUGACACUCAUGAGCUCUGAUGUUGACAGCGUCGAGUCGACAGGCGAGAUCUUCCAUGAGACUUGGGCUCAGCUACUGGAGGUAAUUGUCGGGACUGUGUUAUUGGCUGCAAGGAUUCAGUGGUUUGCACUGCUGCCACUUGUCAUUAUUUUCGGAUGUUCCAGAAUGAGCGCCUACGUAGCAAAACACCUCGACGGCCGACAAAAAGCCUGGAACGUUGCAACCCAAGAACGCAUUUCCACAAUAACAGCCAGCCUCGGAGGUAUCAAGAGUUUGAAAAUGAUGGGAAUGGAAGAUGCAAUCGAGUCUCGAGUUACACAGCUGCGAGACAGUGAACUGCGCAUGUCUGAACGACUGAGGUGGAUUCUCGUGGCAUAUAAUGCAAGCGCAAAUGCACUUGGGAUAUUCGCUCCGGUAGUGACUCUUAUCCUCUACGCAUCAUCUCAAAGUGAGGUAUUGCGUGCAAAUGAGGUCUUUACGUCAAUUGCUCUUCUGGCCAUGGUGACGCAUCCUGCUAAUAUGGUUAUGACGUUGAUUCCGCGUGCUGUUGCGGUGAUGGCUGUUUUUGGUCGGAUUCAGGCUUAUCUUGUCCGAUCGUCAGUUCGAGAUGCUCGAGUGUGUUCUGAUUUAGACGGACAGUCGGCUUCGAUGGAUAACGUAUCUAUCCAGCCUUCUUGUAUGCCUCGACCCAUCCUUCAAGAUGUCUGCUUGAACAUCAAAAAAGGAGAGAUGGUUGUCUGCGCUGGUGCAGUGGGCAGCGGGAAGACCACAUUAGCUAUGGCCCUAUUAGGGGAGACACCUUUAACAACAGGGUCCAUUCGCAUGGCAUCAAAAAAGAUAGCAUACUGCGCUCAAGCACCCUGGCUGCCUAGUGUCACUAUUCGCGAGGCUAUCUCUGGCGGUUUUGAUCUCGACUACGUAUGGUAUAAAACCGUCCUCGGUGCAUGCAGCUUGGUUCCAGACCUGGAAGCACUCCCUUCUGGGGAUAGGACGUUGAUUGAGAACAAUGGGAUUAAUCUCUCUGGCGGGCAGAGGCAGCGCAUAGCUCUUGCUCGCGCGGUGUACUCGCGAUACGAUACGCUGAUCCUGGAUGACCCAUUCAGUGCUCUUGAUGGAGCUGUUACCGAUCGUAUAGUGGGUAAACUCCUAGGUCCGGGGGGAUUGUUCAAGACAAGUGGUACAACUGUUUUUUUGAUAAGCAACUCGACACGACUACAUCCAUUCGCGGAUAAACUACUGGUCUUGCGGGAUUACAAAGCGUAUUUGCAGGAUUAUAGCUUUCAACACGAGUGGAUAGCUUCUGCUACUACGGAGGUGACGCAGCCUAAAGACACCCAGGGGAAAGGCCCCAGUCAGAAACAACGGUUGAAUGAAGCAGCCGAUGAUAUAUCCCGAAGGACGGGAGAUAUGGCUAUAUACGGCUACUAUCUGAAUGCGGUUGGCCUAGCCAAUGUCCUGGUGAUGACCGGCUGCACUGCUACCUAUUCCUUUGGGUUGACCUUUUCGCAAUAUAUCCUCAAGUGGGCUACCGAGUCUCCCUCUGACGAGCUCCAUGGCUAUCUGGCUCUCUAUGCAGGAAUUUCAUUCAUGGCGUGGGCAGCUACUAGUGCAAUGAUGUGGUCCACGCAGAUGAAGAUAGCCAUUCACUCAGGAAUGGUAUUGCACGCUCAACUACUCGCGCGAGUCCUCAGAGCACCUUUGGCCUACUUUACGGAAACGGAUAUCGGUUCUACUUUAAAUAGAUUCGCCCAGGAUAUCACGUUGAUUGAUAAACAGCUUCCUCCGGCUCUGGCCAAUUUGAACACUCAAAUCUUCAAGCUCCUGAUGCAGAUCAUUCUUAUUCUCUACGUCCAACCCAUCAUGAUCGUGACUGUCCCGAUCUGCUUCCUCUGCGUCUACGUCCUGCAAAGAAUCUACCUCCGGACCUCUCGGCAAUUACGCUUCCUCGACCUUGAAUCAAGAUCAGAAUUAUAUACCAGUUUCCUCGACACAACAAACGGAAUAACCACAAUCCGCGCUUUCAACUGGCAAAACAAAUUCACAUCCGAAAACAUCCAGGCACUCGAUCAAUCCCAAAAACCAUUCUAUCUCCUCCUCUGCCUCCAAUGCUGGCUUAAAGUGAUCCUGGACUGUCUCAUUGUCAUAGUGGUAGUAAUCCUCAUGACCCUGACCGUCAUGUACCGAAACACCACCACAGGGGCAGAUAUCGGCUUAGCCCUGAAUCUGAUCAUCGUGGCGAAUACUACCCUCCUGCGCCUCGUUCAGAACUGGACAUCGCUAGAGACCUCACUAGGGGCUAUCUCCCGAUUAAAAAGCGUCCUGGAACAUGUUCCCAGCGAGGACCGUCCCUUGGGGACUUUAGACCCAGACCCGCAAUGGCCAAGAGGCGAUGUACGAAUGGAUGAUGUUUCGGUUUCUUAUUCUCAUACAUUUGAAUUAGCGAUGAAAAAUGUCUCUCUCCAGAUCAACCCGGGUCAGAAGGUGAUUGUGAUGGGUCGGACAGGAAGCGGCAAAACAACCCUCAUCCUCACCCUCCUCCAACUCCUCCCCACAAGAACCGGGUCUAUCCAAAUCGACAACAUCGACAUCACCCGAAUCCCACUCUCCACGCUCCGCCAACGCGGCUUCAUCGCCGUGCCCCAAGACGGAUUCAUCAUUCCGACAGCUACUCUCCGGUUUAAUCUCGAUCCGUACCAUGUCAGCACGGAUCAAGCUAUUGCUGCGGCGCUGAAACGAACUCAUCUUUGGGAGAAAAUCUCAACUUCACCACUCACUACUCAACCAGAUCAUAAAUCCCCCUUACUGGGAGAUAUAAACCUCCUGGACCGGGCUAUGUCAACCUUCCUCCCUCUAUCUGCGGGACAGCUCCAGCUAUUCGCAUUAUGUCGGACAUUGCUUCGGGUGCAGACAAGUGGGUCAAGCAGGCCGAUUGUGGUAUUAGAUGAAGCGAGUUCGUCACUUGAUCCCGAGACAGAGGGGAUUCUGGGGAGGAUUUUGAAGGAGGAGUUGAGGGAGUAUACGGUUGUUAUGAUUGCGCAUCGGGUGGAGGGUAUUAGGGAUGUUAUGAGAUCUAGGGAGGAUGCUAUUAUUACCAUGAAGAGGGGAGAGAUAGAGAAAGUGGAGAGUAUUUAGAUUGGUAAAUAUGAAAUCAUC